AUGGCUGAGAGCGUGGUUCCCUUCCUUCUAGAAAAAUUGUCCCAACUGCUGGAACACGAAGCCAAGUUGCUCUUGGGCGUGGAAGGCAAAAUCAAAUCCCUUCACACCGAGCUCCAAUUUAUAAAUGCUUACCUCAAAACCUUCGAUGGGAAUAAGAAGAGCAAGACGGAGAUAGAACAAGAAUUUGUUAAUCAAAUCAGAGAUGUCUCCCACGAAGCUGAGGAUGUCAUUGACACGUACAUUGCCAACAUCACCAUUCACAAAAGGAGAAGCAUGCUGACUAGGAUGCUCUGCGGCCUUGGCAACGCAAAGUUGCUCCACGAAGUAGCCGAGAAAAUAGAGAAUAUAACAACCACUCUCAACAACAUAAGCGACAACAAGAUCAAAUACAACUUUGAAAAAAGUGAUGAUCAAUCCACAUUAAGAGAAGAAGAGGAGAGGGCGCAGUUAGUGCACAAGCGAAGGAGAGAUGUGGAAGAGGAAGAUGUAGUUGGCUUUGUCCAUGCCUCCGAGGUAAUCAUCAAGCGCCUCAUGGAAGAAGGGGGUUCACGGCGUAACAUCGUGCCGAUCAUCGGCAUGGGUGGAUUGGGCAAGACCACACUUGCUCGAAAGGUCUACAAAAGCAACGAGGUGAAACAAUACUUCGAUUGCAGUGUGUGGGUUUAUGUGUCAAACGAGUACAGAGCUAAGGAGCUUUUGGUUGGUCUUUUCAAGCAGUUGACGUUGAACCCUGAAUAUGAACGUAGAAGCAACAAGAAGGGUAAGAAACACAAGGAAAUAGAUAAGCCUCAAGACUUUUCUAUAUUGAGCACUGAUGAGCUGAAGAUAAUAGUGCGGGAAUGCUUGAAGGGGAAAAAGUAUCUACUUGUGCUCGAUGACUUGUGGAAAACCCAAGAUUGGGACGAGGUACAAGAUGCUUUUCCCGAUGAAAACACAGGCAGCAAAAUAUUGAUUACUAGUCGUUUGAAAGAGGUGGCCUCGCAUACCAGCCAAGAUCCUCCACACGAACUUCAAUUUCUCAAUGAUGAAGAAAGCUGGGAGCUCUUCUCCAAGAAAGUGUUUCGGGGAGAAGAGUACCCUACUGAUCUAGAGUCUCUAGGUAAACAAAUAGUUCAAAGUUGUGGCGGUUUGCCUCUCUCCAUUGUCGUAUUGGCAGGGCUUCUAGCAAACAAGGAAAAGUCUCACAGAGAAUGGUCAAAAGUGGUGGGCCAUGUCAAUUGGUAUCUCACUCGAGAUGAGACCCAAGUCAAGGAUAUAGUACUCAAACUCAGCUACGAUAACUUGCCAACAAGAUUGAAGACACGCUUUCUAUAUCUUGGGAUAUUCCCUGAAGACUUUGAAAUCCAUGUUAGGCCACUGUUGGAAAAGUGGGUUGCUGAAGGAUUUAUAAGAGAAACGGGGACUAGAGAUCCAGAUGAUGUUGCCGAAGACUACUUGUACGAGCUCAUUGAUCGUAGUUUGGUCCAAGUAGCACGAGUGAAGAGUAGUGGAGGUGUGAAAACAUGUCGCAUCCACGAUCUUCUGCGGGAUCUCUGCAUAUCUGAGAGCAAAAAGGACAAGGUUUUUGAAGUUUGCACCGAUUAUAACAUUGUAAUCCCGACAAAACCUCGAAGACUGGCCAUCCAUUGUAGCAUGUCUCGCUACAUUUCUUCAAGCAACAAUGACCAGUCAUGUGUCCGUUCUUUGUUCUGCUUUGACCGAGAUCUCCAACUUACUCGCGGCCUAUGUGAAUGGCUUUUCAAAAGCUUCAAAUUGGUUCAGGUGUUAGAGCUUGCUGGGCGCUGCCGAAUGAAGAUCCCUUCCAACUUGGGGAACUUUAUUCACUUAAGGUUCCCACAACUGAAGGUGUUCCAGAUGAGAUAUUUGUAUGUCCAAAACUGGAAAUUAGCCAAUGGUGCAAUGCCAUGCCUUCAAAACCUGGUCAUUGAAAGCUGUCCUGAGUUGAAUGAUCUCCCAAAUGAACUGUGGUCUUUGACUGCCUUGAGAAAAGUGCAAGUUCGGGAACCCUCAGAAGCAAUGGCUCACAUGCUACGUAAUUUGAAAAUGAAGGGUGGGUGUGAACUCAUAGUGGAGGGAUGA